UCCGGGCGAAGACCUCGGUGGAAAGUGAAAAUUAGUUGAAGGGGUAAAUUUAGCCUUUGCUUUGGAAGGUUCGGAACUCUUUUGAUAACUUUAUGUUGAAUUAUCAUAUGAUGUAACUGGACGUCAGGAACCAUGCAGAGUUUAAGACAUAACAACAGAUGACUAAAGAUUAUUUUUCGUCGCUGUGACUAACUUUUUCACAGGACCUGGAUUUGAUCCGAGACUUCCUUGUGUUGAACUGGUAAAAAAAAGUAUUCCGGUCUUCUAAUUGAUUAAUAUUUAUCUUGCUGAUAUAUUCACCGAUGUACAAGUGAACUAAACAAUCUUAAUACCAUUUCGACUGUAUGAGUAGAGAAGUGAACGAUUCCGACUCCGCCGAUUCAGUCGGUGAAACCAGACCACUGAUGUCUACCGGGGCAGCAUACCAGGGUGCGAGAAGUCAGCCCGUCACCAGGGAUGAGUAUGAGGACUUAGGUGAACGCCGGAACAGAGAAAACCGGGAAAAUGGCAUAGGAAUGGACGUAAAUCAUGAGGAUCAAACAGAUGAAACCAGAACAGAAAUACGUCCUUCGCGUCAGCCUCAGAGAAGGCGUGGCACCAGUGGUGAUGCAGAAGAAGAUGAAGAGGAGGUGAUGCUGUAUGGGGCUAAACAUGUCAUCAUGUUAUUUGCACCAGUUACACUGUGUAUGAUAGUUGUAGUGGCUUCCAUCAGCUCGGUGACCUUCUACACAAAGAAGUCGGGCUAUUUAAUCUAUACUCCAUUCCAUGAUGGUGACAAAGCUGACUCCACAACAGGAACAAAAGUAUGGCAAUCAUUAGCUAAUGCGAUGAUUCUCUUGGGGGUUGUGAUUGUCAUGACGACAUUCCUGCUCUUACUCUACAAAUUUAGGUGCUACAAGGUCAUACACGGAUGGCUGGUGGGAUCGUCUCUCAUGCUCUUGUUUCUAUUCUCCUACCUAUACAUUGAAGUGGUGCUGCAGGCGUACAAUGUACCUAUAGACUACAUCACAGUGGCCUUGCUGAUCUGGAACUUUGGUGUGAUGGGGAUGAUAUGUAUUCACUGGAAGGGUCCCCUCAUCCUCCAGCAGGCCUACCUCAUCAUCAUCUCCGCUCUCAUGUCUCUCAUCUUCAUCAAGUACCUUCCUGAUUGGACCACCUGGGUCCUUCUAGGGGUGAUGGUCAUCUGGGACUUAGUGGCAGUUCUUUGCCCCAAGGGACCACUGAGGAUGUUGGUGGAGACGGCCCAAAAGAGGAAUGAACCCAUAUUUCCUGCCCUUAUAUACUCAUCCACUAUGAUCUGGACCGUGGGUAUUGGUAUGGCAGAAGGAAAUUCUAAAAAGAAGAAAUCAAAGAAAUCAAAGAAAGACACACAAAAUUCAGCAGCUACAGGAGGGGCUGGCCUAGCUACAAACAAUACAUCUGAUGAUGAGGAAGGUGGAUUCACUGGAAAUCCUUCACGUGAACAGAUUCUAGCCCGAAAUAGUACAGAUUCUGCAGAGGCGCGGAAUGCUGUGGCAGCUCUAGGCGAUAGACCAAGACCGACAACUACCACUCGGCCACCACGACCAACAAGUGACUCGCGGGAAUCACAGUCCUCAGCUCAACAGGAUGAGGAACGGGGAAUAAAGCUUGGUCUUGGAGACUUCAUCUUCUACAGUGUGUUGGUGGGGAAGGCCUCAUCGUACGGUGACUGGAACACCACGCUGGCCUGUUUUGUUGCCAUUCUUAUUGGGCUGUGUUUUACUCUCCUCUUGCUGGCGAUAUUUAAGAAAGCUCUUCCAGCCCUACCUAUAUCCAUCACCUUUGGACUGAUAUUCAAUUUUGCAACAAGUGAAAUUGUAGCACCAUUUAUGGACCGUCUCGCUUCAGGACAGGUGUAUGUAUAGUGCCGAUUACUUGCCUGUAGCUAGGUGUCUCUGCAGAGUCAAUCUCCUACAUGUAAGCACAUAUAUACCUGUAGGUAUGUAUGACCUGGGAUACCUACCUGUAGGUAUAUAUACGACCUAGGGUACCUACCUGUAGGUAUGUAUGAUCCAGAGUACCUACCUGUAGGUAUGUAUGACCUGGGGUACCUACCUGUAGGUAUGUAUGACCUAGGGUGCCUACCUGUAGGUAUGGACGACCUAGGGUGCCUACCUGUAGGUAUGUAUGAUCCAGAGUACCUACCUGUAGGUAUGUAUGACCUGGGGUACCUACCUGUAGGUAUGUAUGACCUAGGGUGCCUACCUGUAGGUAUGGACGACCUAGGGUGCCUACCUGUAGGUAUGUAUGAUCCGGGGUACCUACCUGUAGGUAUGUAUGAUCUGGGGUACCUACCUGUAGGUAUGUAUGACCUAGGGUACCUACCUGUAGGUAUAUAUACG